GAUUGUUUGAACCAAAAUGGUUCUAUUCCGAAUUUAAUUGAACCAGACCCAGGUUCAAAUGAUCCUAUUCUAGGUUUAAAUAAUCCUAUUCCGGACCAUUUUGGUUCAAACGAACCAAAAACAAGCACAGAUCCUAUUGGAAAAACUAUAAUAUUAGGACUAUUGGAUAUUAAGAAUGGCAGGUUAUAA